AUGAGACUUCUGGCUUUCCUGGGCCUGCUGGCCCUGGUGCUGUGGGAGGCAGGGACAGCUUCUCUGCCAAAGGAGGGGAGGAAGAGGAGAGAAGAGCAGACGCCCAGGCAAGGGGACUCUUACGCAGCUCUGCCUGUGGGGAACUAUGUCCUGAACCCGGACAACUAUGGCGACGUCAUUGACAUGAGCAACUACGAGGAGCUCACAGACUACGGGCACCAGCUCCCGGAGGUGAAGGUGACCAGCCUGGCUCCUCCAGCCUGGGUCAGUCCCUCCAAGAGCGCUAUACCUGCAAGGACAUCCUCAGCAAACCCUGGCACGAUGACCAGGCCUACGACACUGGGCCUACCCACCCACCGUCUGCCCACCUGUCUGGUCUGCGUGUGCCUUGGUUCCUCCGUGUACUGCGAUGACAUUGACCUAGAGGACAUUCCGCCUCUUCCCUGGACGACUGUCUACCUGUAUGCCCGCUACAACCGUAUCCGCCGAAUCAGGGCUGGAGACUUCGAAGGGCUGACAAAACUGAAGAGGAUUGACCUCUCUGGCAACUCCAUCUCCUCCAUCCACAACGAUGCCUUCCGCACGCUGCCUGCCCUUCGGCACCUGAUCCUCCCAGGGAACCAGCUGGCGGCUCUGCCGGUGCUGCCCGGUGGCAUCGAGCUCCUAGACGUCCGCCUGAAUCGGCUGCGGAGCUCAGGGAUCCGGCCUGGAGCCUUCGGGGCGAUGAAGAAGCUGCAGUUCCUCUUCCUGGCCGACAACCUGCUGGAGUCCGUCCCCGGCCCUUUCCCCCUGAGCCUGCGCUCGCUGCACCUGCAGAAUAACAGGAUAGAGACCAUGCAGAGAGACAGCUUCUGCGACCCUGAGGAGCACAAACACACUCGCAGGCAGCUGGAAGACAUCCGCCUGGAUGGCAACCCCAUCAACCUCAGCCUCUUCCCCAGCGCCUACUUCUGCCUGCCCCGGCUGCCCAUAGGCCGCUUCGCCUAGCUCUGACUCCGCCCUCCUCCCCGGCCAGAGCCCUCCAAGGACCACUGAGGGCUCUGAGUGCUCUUUAGUGCAGGCAUUAAUCAGCCUUGUGAUCCAGUUACAAAAAUCGCACACCCACCCCAACACACACACAAAUUCAUCCUGAAAUGUCCCUCCAUAGCGGAAUUUGCAUUUCUCCAUCCUCUUUUCCUUAACACCUAUGGCUCUGGCUCAGAGAAUAGCAGCGUCUGCAACAAAAGGGCCUUUCCAUAUUCUGCGCCCCUCCUACCCACACAGAAUGUCAGGAAGGCCACGAAAGAGGAAGAGGAGGAGGAGAAAAGAAGGAGGACAGAGGA